UGAGAUUUGGAAUUUACUUUGGAAAGUUUGAGAACUUAAAAAUUUGGUUCCAAUUAUGACAUUGUGUUACAUUCACUGCAUAUAUAUUAUUUAAUAAUAUUAAUAAUAUUAAAAAUAAAAACACUUUAAACUGGAUUAAAAACUUACAGGCAAAAUCAUUGGUCUUUAAAAUAUCUAAAAACUCAUUAUGGAUAUGCAAACAUCGCCGCAUCUAAGCCAUGGGCUCGGUACAAUCUCACAUCAGAUCCAACACCGUAUUUCACACCAGUCGCAGAAUCUUCACAGUACUCGAGAACAAGAACUAAAUAUAAGUACAGGCCAGCAUGAGCACGACCAUCACCAUAUGCAACAUCACCUUUCGCUUCAACAGCAUCAGACCGUUUCACCUAGUAACACUAUGCAGAGCACACCGACAGUUGAUGGUCUGGGCACUGUUAUCAACCCCAAUCAUGAUCAGCAUGAUCAAGCCAGAAGUGGCAUGUAUACCUCACUACAAUUGGAAGAUAAGCCAAAAGCAAACAAGUUUGACGAAUAUUCAAACGAGAUAAUGAACAAUAUUUCGGAUACAAAUACACCAUCUGCGAGCAAUUUCAUGUCACAUAAUCAAGGCGUUGAAUGGAUUUCAGCAAUUAAUGAUGUGCAAAACGGGGCAGAAGAUUCACACAGUUCGCAGGGCAGCAUUUCUGGCGAUGGUCAUGGAGGCGUUAAUCAAUUAGGAGGAGUAUUUGUAAACGGACGACCUUUGCCCGAUGUCGUUCGUCAACGUAUUGUAGAACUGGCGCACAAUGGCGUCCGCCCCUGUGACAUUUCGCGCCAGUUACGCGUGAGUCAUGGUUGUGUGUCUAAGAUUUUAUCAAGAUACUAUGAGACUGGUAGCUUUAAGGCCGGUGUUAUUGGUGGUUCCAAACCAAAAGUAGCAACUCCGCCAGUAGUAGAUGCAAUAGCCAACUAUAAACGUGAAAAUCCCACUAUGUUUGCUUGGGAAAUACGAGAUCGGCUUUUGGCAGAAGCUAUUUGCUCUCAGGAUAAUGUUCCCAGUGUUUCUUCAAUAAACCGGAUUGUAAGAAAUAAAGCCGCUGAGAAGGCCAAACAUGUCCACCAUCACCAACAGCAUCACAUGCCACAGAGUCUCGGUGGGGGGCAUAUUGCCACAGAAAGUCUAGAUAGCAGCACAGGAACGAUCGGAGAACUACAACCCACGAGUGGCGGCACUAGCAACAGCAGUGCGAAUUCUGCAAGCACAAGCGCUUCGGCAAUUGCUCAGCCAACGCCGACGUCCGGAACUGAUUCUGUCCAAAUAUCAGUCGGCCAUUCAAACAACAAUGACACCAGAAAUGGAAAUCUCAACUCAUCGACUGAACAACGAACGACUGGAUAUAGCAUUAACGGAAUUUUAGGUAUACAACAUGGGCAUCAUUCGCACAACAACAAUAACAAUAGUAGCGUCAACAACAACCACAGUAAUACAGAUCCUAUUUCCUGUAAACGCAAAAAAAUUGAAGAUCACGAUGAAAACCAAGACACAAAUAGACACUCCGAUGAGGAUGGAAAACGGCAACGUGUGGGAUAUAGUGGCGAUCAACUUUACCCAAAUAUUUGGUCAGGAAAAUGGUGUAUUAAGGAUGAGCAAAAACUACUCGCCGAGCUGGGUAACUUAACAACAGGCACCGGGAACUGCGCGACAACAUACUAUGAGACUUCCAACGGGUUUUCAACAAACUCAAUAUCAGGAUCUGGGCCGACCUUAUCUGGGAGUGACACGUCAAUGUUGUAUGAUAGUAUUGCAACGAUUUCGCAAGCUCAAAACUCACUUUAUACACCGACGAUCGGUACAUCAAUAGGAAGCAGUUCGCUUACACCUUUAGUCCCUAUAAACAUGCAUGAAAUGAAACUUAGUGCAAAUCCAAUACAGGAACAGACAAUAGCUCCUUUUUAUACAGCUCUAGCAUUUGACGGCAACUACUCAUCUAUGACCAGCGUGGAAAACGUCCCUUCAUCAGCCGGACAAGGUAGCAUUUCACUGUCUGAGACCUCCAAUGCGGUCAAUCUUUGCCCGAUAAGUACUGGAACUGUCCAUGCGGAAAAUAAUAGCCGUGCUAAGGAGCCUCAAAUAAAUAGGGAGGAAGGCAGUGAAGGAAAUAUUAAGAAAUCUGGAAAACUCAAUUCCAAUUCCGAAUCCAGCGAUCAUAUUCCCCUGCCACACCUACAUCAUAUUACCGAAGAGCAAUUAAUAAGAGAAAGCAGACGACCCCCCUUAAAUCCAACUACGCACCCAUCUUCUCUUAUACUUCUGCAGCCAAGCAGAGGAACCUCAUCAAUUAGUGUCAACCCAUCCGAUGAUCAAUUAGACGUUGAACAUAACCUACGAAAUAAUGUAGGUCUUUACUCAACGCCCACAGUGCUACCAAGUUUUAAUCAGUACACCCCAGGUUGUAGCUCAGUUGUGCCCACCACAGAUUACGCCUACAACCCCCCCUAUACACAAUAUGGUGGUCCAUAUGGAUCCUACGGCUAUGGAACUAGCGGCGGCUUAAUAAAUUCCCCCUACUACUACGAAAGCGGACAAUCUCAGUCGGUAUUAACGCAAGACCUGCACCAAAACACUAGGUCACCCUUAGCUGCAACACGAGCGAAUUCUCUGGCUUCGGCAGCUUCUCCAGGUAGCGGAAGCGCGUGCACAAAAUCCGAAUCCUCAGACAUUUUUCUUGUUUAAUGUGGAUUAAAAGAAAGGAAAUAGAUUAUUUAAAGCUCAUUUUUUGCUGUUUUUGCUUUUACAAGGCCUCAAAAUAAGGCAGAUUUUCAUAACUGAUGUUUAAAUAGGAAACGGGUUAUAAUUCCCAGUAAUUCGCAUUUAUAAAAAGAAAUUUAGAACAGUAGAACAUUUUUUAAACCUAAUAUUAUGCGUUCUUUGCUUUUCGUAUAAAAAUAAGAGCGGGUCCCUGCAAUAAUUUAAAAUUUACAUAUAAGAAUAGGUAGGUUAAUCAAAAACUUUACCAAAAAGAAAAAAGAUUUAAUUAUUUAUUAACCGAUUUCGUAUAUGCCACUUUUUUUACAAACUUGCAUUUAUUGAUUCAUUUAAGUUAUAACUUUAGGAGGCUCCUAAAAAUAUUUGAAAGUGUAAAGUGUUAAGUAUAACAGACAUAGUAAACUAUUCACAAACAUAAAAAACCAAAAUGUCCAUUAAGGAGAUAAUUAACCAAAAACAUAAAACUAAAGUUUAAAAAACUUGAAAAAUAUAUAUCUCAAUUAAUUUUGUUCAUGCGGCAAAACAGAUCAAAAUUCAUGUAAAAAUGUACAUACCUAAAUGACUUAGAAAACGUUAUUUAGAAAAUAUAUCCACUAAGCUUUUGAGUAGUUUACAAAAAUAACACUGUGCACAUUCGCUUAAUUUUGUCAUAAAGGUAUUAAAAAGUAAAAAGAAUCAUUAUCUUAUCAAUUAAGUCACACGAUUCAGAUUGUUUUUAAAUUUUAAUAAUUCUGCUUUGAUAUUAUUAUUUAGUACUAAUAUUCGACUUUAAAAUGUAAUACUUUGACUUUUGACUAAAAUUUAUCCUGCAGUCAGGUUCCUUUGAUGUUUUAUGAACAAUUAAACAUUGUAGAACAGAAGAAUUCUUCAGAUUCUUCUCAUACAUUUUUAAUAUACAACAAAUAAAUUCUUGGAAAAGCGUAACUCAAAGACGUGUAAUAUGUAUAUGUAUGUUAUUUUAAGAUUUUUAGAAACUUAUGCUUUUCAAUUUUAUUUCAAAUACUCCAGUAGGCUUAGUAUAAAUAUAAGUAACCACUUAGAAUAAGAAAGCACAAACCAAAUUUAAAUGUAUUUAGAAAU